AUGACGGCUGUGGAGCAGCUGGGAGUUGAGGCCGGCGGGCCGUCGGUGCUCCUCGCGGCGGAGCGGCUGCCGGCGGGCCCCGUCGCCGAUGUGAUGAGUGUCCCCCUCGACCGCCUCUGCCGCCUCGCCUGGCCGCUGCUCCUCCCCGUCUCAACAACAACAACAACGGGAAUAUCAGCAGGAGGAAAUCGCCGGGCUCCCGCCAUUCCGCGAGUCGCACACGCAGACCCGGACGACGCACAACUCGCGCGGUUGAUUGACGCCACUGUGGCGGAAACCGUCGCCGCCGCACGGGCGCAAAAACAAUGGGGCACUCUCACAUGUCAUUCACUCCGUGCGGUACUGGUGGAGCGGGCACUGCGAGAAUUGCGGGAUGAGGCAGCGGUGGUGCCAAUUACUACUACCACCAAUAACAACAACACUAUGCAUCCAUCUACUGUACUAUUACCAUCAUCCACACCACCAACACCAUUAUCCGCUGCAACAGCGGGAGGAACAAGUCAAAAAGGACUACAACGGGUAUCGAAUAGUAGUUUUACAAGUGAGGAAACCACCCAUGUAGAUACCACUCCAUACAGUUCUGAAAGGAGGAAGAUUACCUCCGUCUCUUGGGUUCUUGCUUAUGUUGCUGGACAACAGGAUGAAAUGUGGUUAUCAGAAAAGGUGCGGGAAAUGGUAGAAGUAACAGCAUUAGCUCAAAAUGAAGGUCAAAAACAACUCGUUUCCACAGUGGCAUCUUUAUCUGGACAAGUACAACAUGAUAAACGAAGUGCACAGGUGUUUUUGUGUAUACUUCAAGAAGUUUUGAGACGAUGGAAUAGUACUCCAGAUUCUACAGGAGAAAGUGCUAUAUUUUGUUUCGGUGUUGUUGUACCUAUUUUAAAUAUAACCCGUUUUACAUCAUUUAAUGAUACUGAUAUGAUUACUUUGGGACGACUAUUAUCAAAUGUGAAUGUUCCUCCACGUAAUCAUGACGCAGGAAAAGAAGAAUUGUCAGUUGCAAAGUUUGUUACAAAUUAUUCUCUUACUUUAGAUAUGGAUGUGGAUAGUAGGCAACUUGUUUCCACAUCAAUACCUCCAUCACCAUUAGCAAUGCCACCACCAUCUCCUUUAUUACCUCCACGAUUACGUUCUUUUGUAUCAGAACCUCCUGUCUUUGAUUGUUUACGACGGACAGAUUAUAGUAGUACUCAUGUAAGUGAACCUGUUAUGUCGACAGAAGUAUUUUUACAAGCUCCACAAGCGCGAAAAGUAACUAUUUCUGUUCGCCGAGCAGUAUGUUGUGAAGGUGUUCAGUUAAUACUUAUUCCACGUCACUCUGUUGGUGAUGUCAUUCAAGACGACCAUAGUGAUCAUGAUAAUGAUAAUGAUAAUGAUGAUGAAAAUAAUGAACAUAGUAGUGCUGGUGUUGAUAAUGAUAAAACUGAAGAAGGUGGUGAUAAAAUUGAUGUUGUUGAUAGGAAUAAACAUGUAAUUGAACCUGUGUGGUUUGAACCACGCGAAGGUGAAACACGUGUACUUAAUGGGGCUUGUGAUUGUAUGAUACGAUAUAUGCGAAAUACGGAUAAUCCUACAACAACUUUAUUAGAAGCAGAUGUAAGAGUUGAAACGACCUUACAUGUAGAUGGAAGAUGGGUAGUAGAGCUACGAAACACAUUAAGCACUCUUCAACUAGAUAUCGCUUCUUUUCUAAUUCAAAAGUUAAAAAAUGAUCUUGUAAAGGGUGAAAUCCGUGUACGAGAAGAAACUUUGGUUCUUUUCCGUAAUGGUUUACGUAAUCAACCCCGAUUGGGUGAAUCUCCACGAUUUGUAGAAGAACUUUUAAAGAUUGAUGAUGCAACUUUAUGCAAACGAGUACCUUGUAGACAAUCAGAUGUUCGAGCUGUACGUGCGGCGUUAACUCUUAUUGGUACUUUUCUUGAUUACUGUGAACCCGAUCAACUUUGUUGGGAAUCACGUAUUUGGAUGGAUGCAGUGAAACGAGUGGCUUUAGCAAGUUCUGUGCUUGGGAAAAAUACAGAUAUUAACAAGAUGGUUACCUUUGUUCUUGAGUAUGUAGAACCAUGUUAUUUAACUAUGCCGCAAAUAGUAGAAGGAACUAUUAGUCUUUUAACGUGUAAUAUUUCUGUAUCUGAAAUACAAACAUUAUUAGCCGCCCAACGUUCACGAGCAGAAUUUUGUAUUCUUGCCCUUAAUCUUUUAUUACAAGCAAAAAAUAAUUUUGUACCAGGUGAUAUGUUUCGAGUGGCGAGUUUAUUACGUGAAGUGGUUAUGCAUGAAGGGACACAUUAUUUACUUCGUUUUCAAGGAUGUGGGGAAUUAUUAGAAAAAGAAAUUCGUACAUUAGUGCAUAGACUCUUAACAGCAUUGUUUACAGCUUUACAGCGAAUUAUGUCUUUACCAGAAGGAGAAAGACGAAAACAUGGUCCACAUCGUUUUCUUUGGGAUGCGGAUGAGUAUGGACCUUUUGCAUUAGUGACACUUUCACUUAUUGCUUCUCCAUUGGAUGUACAGGAUGUUGAAUUUAUUCAAUAUAAAAUUGUCAAACAAGUAGAAGAACUUCUUCCUAAUUUUACGGACUUUAGUCCUACCGCAUCAUUUAAAGUAAGUGAUGUAGAGGAAGGUACCAUGUUAGAGUUUUUACGAGCUCUUAUUGAUGAUAAUAAUACAAUCCAUAAUCAUCUUCAUCAUCAUCAUACAGAUGAUAAUGAUAAUAAUGAAACUAGUACGGCAAGUCAAUCUUUUACUGGUUUAACAAUGACAGGAGCUACAGAAAGAGGUGUUGGUAUGUGGAUGCCUACAGAAAGAGAACGUAUAUGUAGUACUUCUACACCUUUCUAUACACCAGCUUCACAGGUAUCUUCUCCAUCUUCAGAUGUACCGGUAUCUCAUUUCUCUCCAUCUACUGCUGCUGCAGAUGUUCAGUUAGUGAUAGCACCACCACAAGAAUUAAUGAUAGCCCUUGCCUCUGAACAACAUACUAGUUUAACUAGUGCAAAGAUUCAAAGUGAUCCAGAAGGUUUUUAUUUAUUUCCAAAAGAUGGAAUUCUUCAUCAUGCUGAUCGACAAAUUACUUUACCACCACUUUCUCAAGGUGAUACGAUUACCUUUUGUUUCUUCUUUUCCCCAAAGACAUCUUCACGAAUAUUACGUUUGUUUUUAAACAGUAUUCGUAUUGCGGAGUUUCCAGCUCCACAGCAACGACUUUUUCUUCUUGCAGGUGCAAUGGAUUCCACUUCUUUACGUCCUAAUACAUUUUAUAUCACUUUUCGAUCUGAAAAUGAAGUGAUGACCUCUAUUCUACCCAUGUCUUUUGAUAAUGAGGGAAUUACGGAUGGUUUACCUACACGACAUGCGAUUUCAAUGUUUGCAACUCUUGUUUUUUAUUAUAUGAUAUCUUUUUGUACUCGCCGUGCUGCACAUAUGCGUAGAACGAUGACUACUGGAUCUACUUCUCAAGCCAUUUCUCCAACAUUUGCAAAUAGUCGUUCUAAUGCUAUUAAAAAUAAUUCUCAAUCAGAAGAAGUAUGGAGAGGAUUUGUAGAUGGUUGUUGUAAUCCAUUACGACAAAAUGUUGAAAGUCUUAUAGACUCUAUUCAACAUUUACCACUACUUUCAGAAAUUGAUAAUGUUACUCAACGCGUACAACGUAAUGCAGCCUUCUUUGUUUAUCAUCGUUUUCUUAUGGAUUAUAUUACUAUUGUUCGUACGGCUUUAAGAUGUACUUCAUCUCCUGUAGAAAUGUUGACAACAUUAGCUAGGGUGGUAUGUUGUGAAGAGGUUGGAGAAAAAGAACGGUGUAUGGCCUUAACCGCAGUUUGUUCCGUAUUACGUGAACCCUAUCGUGGAUUUGGUGUUGGUGCUUAUAAUCCCGCACAAUUAUGGGAAUGUUGUCGAUCACUGGCACGAGAUAUUUUUAAAUUAACAUAUCAACCCAUCUUUACAACAGAAAGUACCACACCAGAUAUGAUUGUUUUCUCUGGAGGAAAACGUGUGAAAUCGGCUUUACCCCGUAGUGAGGCUGCACAUGCGGUUCAAGAUACCACUUCCUUUGCUUCUCAAGGAAUUCCUAUGGAUGGAUCAUUAGGAGAAGUGGUUUCUUUCUCUGUUCGACUGCAACGAGAGUUUGGAUUUGAUACACUUGGUCGUUAUUACUAUGUUGGUGUGGCUUCUCCAUAUCCAAUGUCUACGGCUACGACAUUGGUUCGUCAUCCUGGUGAGAGUCGAGAGAUGGCGUAUUUGUAUGCAAUUACAGAUCACUUUACAGAUGUGAGAUCUAAUCCAGCACGAGCAGAACUUCCUCGUCAUGCUAAGAAUUGGAUGUCAAGUGAGGAAAGUAUUAUUUUUGGUUCAGGAGAUGUGAUUACAGUGACGGUAAAUACAAAAUUACGUUGUAUUUCUUUUGAACGAAAUGGAUUACCACUUGGUACACUUUAUACAAAUAUUCCUUCUAUGGUUAGAGUUGUAUUUCCGUUUGUAAAACUCUUUAAUAGAGAUGCUAGUGCGGUAUGGAUGUAUACUCCACGAGAAAUUGGUAUUCGAGCUCGUUUUGCAAUGCGAGAAAUGCUUCGUCACUGGGGAUUUGAAUUAAUGCCUCAUUUAAAAGAAAUGAUUACAUCUGGUGAUGUUGUAGCACUUAAAGUACUUGGAUCAGAUGGGGAUGAAACUUGUUUUUGUUACCGUAGUCCACCACGAAGUGCAUAUAAAGGAUCACAAAAUGUACAUCUCGUUAGACAAAUAGGAACAGAAUCGGAAGUUUUGGUAGAAGGCGGUGCGAAAAGUAUUAUAGUUCCUUCAGUGGCAUUGGAAUUAAACUAUGAUGUGGUGAUUAGUCAAGAUAUGCCUGUAGGCGUAUUAAUAGAAGAACUUAUACAAGUUGUAUCUACUUUAUUGAAUUUUACUAGAGAUGAAAAGGGAAUUGAAAAUGUUCAUAUUAAGAAUACGAAAAUGUUUAUUUGUGCGCUUCGACUUUUAUCUGAAGUAGAAUGGACUAAUAUGAAUACUGUAAAUGUGGAAACACAAGAAAUGUUGCUAAAACAAUUUAUACAUCUCUUAUCAGUACCAAUUACAAUACCUUCUAAUGGUAUGCAUAUUGUACUGGAUGCAUGGAAUGAAGUUAUGUUGUUAUCAGAUGAUGAUAAUUUAUGUAUUUCUAUUCCUUCUGACACCAAGUCUUCUGAUACAGUGAGUAGUACUGUCAAUAUAUCUGAGAAUGAGAAUACGAAUAAUACGGAUACUACUACUACUACUACUACUACUAAUACUACUACUAUUACUAGUAAUAAUAAAAAGUAUGAUCAUCAUAAAAGUGUUUAUGGUGGUAUUUAUAUUCCUUCAGAAAGGACAGCUAAUUUUUGUUUACGAUGUCCAUCAUGUGAUCAGGAAUGGGGGAGUUGUAGUAAUGAACAACAUACGGCACCUAGUAGUCUUUGCGAUACACUAGAUCGUGUUUUAAAACGAUUGGGAGUAUCAUCCCCUUUCACUGGAUUUGCAUCUGAAUGGUUUUUAACAGAAGAAGGCAUUCAAGUCACUUUACGAGUAAAUGCUGCUGGUGAAGUUGAAGGAGAAGGAGAAGAACGACAUGGUGUGUUUACAUUUACAGGAAAACAUGUCUCCAGUAAUGUUGUCAAGGGACGUUGUGUGUAUAAGUGUGCGGAUAAUGUUCCCAUCGGAGAAGAUGUGAAUGAGGAAUGGACCUGUGAAGUGUGUACAUUUAUCAAUUUGCCCGAUUCCACCCGCUGUGCGAUGUGCACAACUGCCCGUCCAGGCGCCACGUGGACUUGUCUGCUCUGCGGCUACGGCUUUAACUCCAAGCGAAGUGUUAUUUGCGUCACCUGCGGGCAUCAGCGAGUGGGAGGCUCCGAGACAGGGCCGAACACAGAGCGAAAACAGGCCUUUUGUGAGGGUUGUAGAAGUAAGAGAGAAUACACCACUUUUCAUAGUUUUGACUCGCGUGUAUUUUGCGAAACGUGUCAGCGAGUGACUUUAUGGCUGCCGGAGGAGAAUCACACGGCAGUUGUGGAGGCGGUUCUUGUGGGCGCUGGCGAUCGAAUGGAGUGGAUGAUUCGAUUUGGAAAUGUCAGUUGUAUCUAUACAGGAUUACAGAGUUUAUCCUAUUCACUGGAGAGUAUGCAGCAGGCGGCAGAGGCGGCAUCGCCAGGCGCUAGUGAUCUCUCACGAUAUAUUCCACCACUUGUGUAUAUUCCUAAAACAAGUAAUGAGGAAUCUAUAUCUUCUUUAUUUUCAUCUCUACAACAACAACAACAACAAUUACAAUCACAACAAUCACAACAAUCACAACAACAACAACAACAACAACAAGUGAAAGAGCAUUAUCGUGCUGUUGUACCAGCUAUUAUAUUCUUUUGCAGUCGAAUCCUUUGUCGUUGGGCUCCAUUAGUUAUUCCUAAGGAAUUAACUAAAAUUGAAGUAUUACGUUGUAUUCGUGUACUGGAUGAGAGUUGGUUAACACAUUUUGAAAAUAUUCCUUUAGAUGUCGCACGAGGUUUAUUUUACGCUUGUUUAUCUCUCUUAUUUGAGGGAAAUUGUAGUGAACAAGUUAUUAAAUCUCUCUUCUUUAUUGCUCGUAUUGUAAUGAAUCAUCAUACAGAACUUCAAAAACAACGACAUUAUUUACUUUAUGCACUUUGUUUAAAUACCAUGAAAGGAUGUGAAAGUCGUGAAAUACGUGAAGCUUGUCAUAUUUCUCUAAAUACAUUAUUAGAAGAAUCCUUUGGUCAAUCACUUAAUGCACGAUGUCUUCAAGAUGUUGUGACCAUUACACCAUUUGUAGCUGAACAACAACGAUUAAUGGUUCAUGCCUCUCUUCGUGGAGUGGAUGUAUCUAUUAGUGCGAAUGUGACCUUAACAAGUUGGCUUAUUGAAGCGGUAGAACGUAUGGAGCGACGACAAUGUUUACCAGCAUUAUUUGAUGAACAAUCUCUUGAUAUAUUUCCUUAUCUUGUGGAAUUACCAGAUACACGUAUGGGAGAAGGUGGUGAACUUAUUGUAGGUCAAGUACGUGGUAGUGUAGGAGCUCUUACAAGUAAAGGAGGACGUUAUUAUUAUGAAGUUGUACUUCCAUCUAAUUUUAAUCAACGAGGUAAAAUAGUAGUAAUGGGAUGGGGUACAUUACAACAUGAGGUUCUUAGUAGUGGAAGACAUGUUGGAAGUGAUAUUCAUUCAUGGGGAUUUAAUUGUCAAGAUCGUCUUCGUAUGUUAACAGGAGAACAAGCUAUUACGACUCCACGACCUAUUGUUGGUGGAGAUGUGGUUGGGGCAUUAUUAGAUUUAGAUUCUAUGAUGAUGUGUUGGAGUGUAAAUGGAGAAGAAUUAAUGUGGGUGGCGGUAUCUACACAAGGAAAAGGUGAAGCGAUUUAUCCAUUUGUGAGUGCAGCUGUAGAUCCUUAUGCUGUCAUUAUUCGUCUUGGACACACUCAAUUUAAACCAGAAGGAUAUAAAGAUUUUAGUCCUUUCCCACAAGAGGAAGUAAGAAGAGAAAGUAAAGUAGAACCCCAAUCAUAUGAAUUUUAUGUACAACUUUGUAAGUUUGGAAAUGAUAUUGUUAAUUGUGGGUUUACAGUGGAUUCCUUAUUAGAAACUAAAACAUGGUCUGAACAUGCACAAAUAGGAAUGCAACAAUAUCCAUUACUUUGUAUAGAAGCGGAAAAAUCAUUAGAUCGAUUACGUCCAUAUUUUCAACAUUUACGUGUUAUUAAUGCCUUAGCAGUGAGUGUUGCGAAAAGUCAUGAUAUAUUUCGUAAUUCCCCUUAUUUAUUAAGAAGUUAUCAAAAAACUCGACAAUUACUCUUUUUUACUGCCCGUUGGGCCAUUGUGGAACGUCAAAUUGAUCGUCGUCUUAUUCGAAGUAAUACUAGACGUCAACAUUCUGUUGUGAUUGAUCUUAAUCGUGCCAAGGCGAUGAUGGAGGGUAGUACCACUCUAGACUUUUUAACUUUAUUUAAUGGAUCUAUCACUGGACAGUUAUUUCGACAGACAAAAGAUGCAGAUAUUUAUUUAGAUGCUGUAAUGUUUGGAAUUACAUUAACAGGAGAAGUUGCAGAUGAUGCGGGUGGGGUAACACGAUCUAUGGUAACAAUGAUGUGUGAUGAGUUAAGUUAUCGCGAUGAUGAGGAUGGACGCCGUUCAGAACCUUUAUUACCAUUCUUUAAACUUACAAAUCACAGUACAAUUGUAAAUGUAGUUCCUAAUAUGGAUUUUUAUCAUGAUUACCCUGAACAUCGUCAAAUCUUUUUACAAUUCUUUACAUGGCUUGGUAAAUUACUUGGUAAUGCUACCUUAAGUGGUUAUUUAAUGUUUUCUCUUACAUUACCAAGAUUAGUAUGGAAGUUUCUUACCUUUGAUGAGAUUACAAUUGAAGAUUAUUAUAGUGAUAUUGAUGAUACGGUAAGAGGGGCAAUAAAUGAUGAUGAAUUUUUAUUAAAUGAUGAAUUCUUCUAUGCUAUUCCAGGAAUUGAAAGACAAGAUGAAAGUGUAACGGAAACAAUGGUGAUGUUACGAUCUAAUCGUGUUUUACCCAUUAUCACACCAGCAAGAAGUUCUGUAGAUCUCUACAGCACAGUGGCUACAGAUGAACAUGAAGAGACUGUAGAAGUGGAAUGGCGUAGAAAAGAAGCGGAAAGAGCAUUAACACAUCAAUAUGAUGAAUUACUAUUCGCUAUGCGGUCUGGGAUUACAUUUGUGAUUCCACAACACUCUCUUCAACUUAUUCGAUGGGAUGAUUUACAACAACGGGUUUGUGGAACCCCUGGGGCUACUGCAGAAGAUGUUAUUGCUUCUCUGGAUUGUUCACUUAUUUCAGAUGAACUGCGGCAAAUGUUAAUGGAUGUUAUUCGUGGUUGGACAUCUAGACAACAUUCUCAGUUUUUACUCUUUUGUACUGGACAGAGACGAAUUCCUCUGCGAGAAAAAGUACAAGUCUCGUGUGGAGAUAAUCCGAAUGCGAUUCCCACAGCCCACACCUGUUCACCCAUUUCUCUACUCCUGCAGCCAUACGCCUCGGCUUCUAUUCUACGAGAGAAGUUGGAAGUUUGUCUGCGGCAUAUGUAUGAAUUUGGGUUUGCCUAA